AUGGAAGAAGUACACCCCCAGGGACGGCCGCGGCAUCAUGUUGACAAGUAUGCGCCGAAAAUCCAUGACAAGACCGAGCAACUACAGGGCCAGGCAGCCACUAUGAAAGCUGCUCUGCAUAGCGACGGGGCGCAACACGAACCCGCAGGUGGAUUCGAUAGCACCCCGUUUCCCCACGCGCCCCCAGGCCACACCCUCAAGUUUACCUUCCAUCGCGGGAUCAACCUCCCGUGCGCGGAUUUUGGUCGCUUUACCUCGGACCCUUAUAUCCUGGCCCAACUGUUGGUGGACCUCCCUCAGCGGCAUAAACAGGACCCAAUUCUUACCUUCCGCACGCCUACGGUACGCAAAAACAGAGAUCCUAUUUGGGACAGCGAGUGGAUUGUCGCCAAUGUCCCCUCUUCGGGAUUCAAGCUUCGCUGCUGCGUGUAUGAUGAGGAUGCGGCGGAUCACGAUGACAAGCUAGGCAAUGCGUACGUCGACGUGGGUUCGAUCGGCGAGGGCUGGUCUGGGAUCCAUGAGCAAACCUUCAAGGUCAAGAAACGUUCAGGCAGCAAACGCGUGUAUCUCUUCGGGAAUAUCGCCGCUCUGGCUUCGGGACGCCUGGAUGUCGGUUCCCACGUCGUGGUGAGCGUGGAGUAUCUAGGGAGAACUCCGGGGACCGAAGGAGCCCAAAUGUACACGUUGGGACCGAACUACUGGUUCAAGCAUUUUUCGCCCAUGAUCGGAAGGUUGACAGGGACCAAAGAUGAAGGUCAAAGCCAUAACGGUCAGAAGAAUGUCUCUCGCUAUAAUUUCCAGGCGAUUCAGAUUCAGCUGAGGGGGCCUGUUCCCUCGGAGCUGUACCAUCGUUAUGUCGAAUUCAGACCAUUUGUUGCGGGCAUGUUCACGUCGCAAAGUCUGCGGGGGCGGAUCCUCAAUCGGGCUCUGCACCACCAGCACCAACGGAUAUACAAUUUUGAUAGGACGACCCUUCAUGAGCAAUUGCCGUCGCCGUGUACUGAGCUUACUCAGAAGUUCCUGGAAUUUGUCCAAUACGCGCAAGGUGGUCGGAUCUUCACCUAUGUCCUUACUCUCGAUGCCCAGUUUCGCUUCACUGAGACCGGAAAGGAGUUCGGGGUUGACUUGCUCAGCAAGCACACCAUGCAUAGCAAUGUGUCCAUCUACAUCGCGUAUUCGGGGGAGUUCUUCCUUCGUCGGCGCAAGAAUCGGCAGAAGCACCAAUCCGCCGCGUCGCCAAUCUCGGAGACCGAAAUCCCGGUGGAGGAAUCGCCAGAAUCUUCCGAAGUCUCCACCGAUCCGGACGACUACGAACUCUACAUCGACAAUGACAGCGGGACCUACCGACCGAAUGGCCAGUGCCUUCCCUUGCUCAAACAGUUCAUUUCCGCGAACUUCCCUGGCCUCCACGUCACCACUCUGGAUUGUCAGGACGACGCCGAGCGGAUGGCAGAGAUGAAGGAUGAGCAGCGAGAGUUCAAGAAGAGCGAGAGCGGACAUAUGACUUUCCUCCAGCAAAGCAGCACCUCGUCGCUUUCCAUCUCGAGUUCUGACGAAGAAGAGCUGGACGAACGCAGUGGCCUCCGGGCCAAAAAGCGAGGGGAAUUCUCUCAGAAGGUACAUGACAUGCGCGACGUGAAAGGUCAAAUGAUGAAGUGGGCCCAAGCCGACGAGUAUCGGGCUAAGAGCGCUGGGAAUUCGAGCGCCUACUCGGGCAAUCAGCACGCACCGGUUCGAAGGGAUCGCGAGGCGCCUUUGAAGCUUGGGAAAAACACCACCGUUGACGAACGAGCUGCUGGUUAUAAUAGUAGUUGA